AUGGAUCCUUACCUUAUUCCUGUGAUUAUUUUAGUUAUCAUAUACUUAAUAUUGAUUUGCAAAGUUAUCAAUGCUGGAAUACGUGUGGUUCAUCAGGGAACGUUUGUUAUUGUCGAACGGUUUGGCCAGUAUUAUAGAACGUUGAAGCCUGGAAUUCAUUUUUUGAUUCCUUUCGUUGAUACUACGAGAUAUGUUCACUGGAAGUUCAUUGAUUCGUCUGGUGGUAAUGCACGAGUAAAGUGCAUCAGUACUGACCGUAUUGAUAUGCGUGAGCAUGUCUUGGAUUUCAACAAGCAAACCGUGAUCACAAAGGAUAAUGUGAUCAUGGAGAUCGAUGCCCUGGCUUAUUUCCGAAUCACUGACCCCAAAUCGGCUACCUUCAACAUUCAGAACCUGCCUGAUGCCAUUGAGCUUUUGGUCCAGGCUACCCUCCGAAACAUCAUUGCAAAGAUUACUUUGGAUGAUACCUUCUCCUCUCGAGAGGCUAUCAACGAAGAGCUUUUGGAGAAGAUCCAUUUGGAUGCGGAACGCUGGGGAGUGACUGUGACCCGUGUGGAGAUUCAGAAUAUCGAUCCUCCCAGAGACUUGAAGCGAGUCAUGGAGAACCAGAUCAAGAGCGAGCGUUCCCGCCGCUCGGAAGUGCUCCGUGCGGACGGCGAUCGAAUGCAUGAUGUGAUCAUCAGUCGAGGCAACGUGGCCACGCAAGUGCUGAACGCGGAGGGCCAGCGCGCCUCGAUGAUUUUGCGCGCGCAGGGAGACGCGAAGGCGAAGUUGAUGGCGGCCGAAGCGGAGAAACAGUCGCUCGAGAUUGUAGCGAAGGCGCUGGAAGGAAGCGGAGUGCUGGUGACGGAUUAUAUGGUGGCUCAGCAGUAUUUGACGGUGCUGCGGACCCUUUUCGCUCAGAAUAGUAAUGCUCAAGUAACGCUCCUUCCUACAAAGACGAUCAAAUCCAUUCAGCAGAUUGUGGAGGCGAACUGUUAGCGUGUAUUAUGAUUCUU